UAAUCGCUUCCCAAAGCUGCCAAACGUUACCAUUUCUGACAGUUUGAUAGGGAGCGAAAUCAAUAAGAGAAGGCGUCUUCUAAUUUUCAGCACAGAUAAGAGAAGAGGGUUAAUUGUUGAAAUGGCGGCGGUGAGAGUAGCUUUGCUAAAGCAUCUGAGGGUGAACGCAACGCCCCUGCCCCGUAACCCUAACCCUAUCAGUAACGGGCUGUUCGCUCUUACCUUCAACGCCAUACGCCGCCGUUUCUCCGACGAGGUCAAGGGCUCUUUCCUCGACAAAUAUGAGGUCAACGAUCGUGUCAUCUCCGUCGUCAAAAACUUCCAGAAAGUUGAUCCUUCGAAGGUUACACCCAGUGCCCAUUUUCAAAAUGAUCUUGGAUUAGAUAGUUUGGACACUGUGGAGGUUGUUAUGGCCCUUGAAGAAGAAUUUGGGUUUGAGAUACCUGAUAAUGAGGCAGACAAGAUCACCACAAUCAAUCUUGCUGUUGAGUUCAUUGCUUCUCAUCCUCAGGCAAAGUAGAGGGGAAAUUAUGAAACUCUACUAUUUUUUGCUUUGUUUUCGCUUUGUUCAUGUGAGGCCUAUAGCUUUAUAGGAUAAUUCCCAAAUCUUCCUGCCUGGACAAAUGUCUGUAGUGCCCUUUGAUUUUGAGUUCCUAUUGAGGAGGAUUGUUUGGAUAUUUACUGCUCAUUUUCUUUUAUUGCCUUAACAAUAUUUCAUUUUAAGUAAUAAAAGGUCAUUGGGUUAAGAAAAUGAUUACUUGAUCGCAGCUUUCAUUU